UUAUCAUUGGGAAUCAUUUUUUUGUCUCAUUCUACGGUGUGUGUGCAGAGCAUCUCUGAACCGGCAUGCUCAGUCUUCCAAAAGCUCAAAGAGUACGCCCAUCGCUCUCCUCACUCUCUCUCCAUCUCUCACUCUCACACGCACACGCACACACACAACACCAGCUCUCCCACCUUCACACACACACACGUGCUCAGAGUCACACACGCGCAGUGUUGUCAAAAGCGCCGCUGCUGGACCUUAGCCAUCUCGCGAAGGAGGUUCCGGCGGAGGCAAGAGAGAGCCAGAGUGAGACAAAGGAGAGUAGGACGGGAGAAGGCGAGGAACGAAUAGGAGAGAAGAGGACCGGCUUGAGGAAGGAGAGACACAGCGCUUUGUGAAGAAGAGAAAGCGAGGAACGGGAGGAGGGAGGAGUGGAGAGGAGGAAAAAAAAAAGAGAGGAGGGGGAACAGGAAACGCAAUCACUUUCAGCUGCAGCCGUCCGUGUCGCAGCAUGGGCAAUGCACCAUCCCAAGGCAUGUUGAACCCUCUCUCUAUGCAUGUUUAUGUAGCAGGUAUUUCCUUUGGUUCCGAGUGCCAUGCCAUCUAACCAGCUGGCUGUCCUCCUGCUACACUUUGUGGAGGCAGGAGGCGGGGGGCUGAGGGGGCUGGGCUAGAGAGCAGCAUCGCCUGAGGAGAGUGAUGCUGCUAGAUGGUAUCAGGUAGUAGGUUAGCAGUAAGGUGUAAGGAGUGAGGCUGCUUAAUGAAGACCAGGUGGUAUGAAAAAAAGGAAGAAAAACACUGGGUGGAGGCACCAUGUGUGAGAGCAGCAACAAAUGGUGGAGAGCAGAAGUAGCACUAGAGAAGCAGGUGGUGUCAGUGGGUGUGAUCGUGUGUAAGGAAGAGAGAGGGACUUGUGACAGAUUUUUGGUUUUUUUAUGUGUAGAUAAGAGCAAAGUGUGAGGAUUCAUGUUGUGGUUGCAGCUGCUGCUGUCAACCAGAUGGAAAACCUUUGGGAAUUGAAGUGCUCCGAUGGGCAUGUGUGGGCGUGAAAAAAUAAAAUACAGAAAAGACAAAAUAAUAUUGUGAAUUUCAAAAGAAAGUAAGGGUUUUUGCCUUGUAAUAAAAGUGUAUUAUAAAUGGAUGAAUGGGUGGGUCUAUCUUUAAAGAGAUGCUCUGGCUUUUCCCCUGAGAACUCAAUCCAACCUCUUAUCUUCAAUUCCCUAUUUUUUUUUUCUUUUAAUCUCAAAGGAAGUUUUUCAACAUUUAAAACCUUGUUGAAAAUUACUUCCUGGACAGAACCAAGGAAAAUCUCAGCAGAAUGAGUAAAAUUAUAUUAUGAAGCAGGAGUAAACAUGUUGAAGUUAAAUUUAAGAAUGUGAGCUUAAUUCAUUGGAAAACACCUUCACUUAAGACAUAAUUAGAGGUGGAGUGAAGACUUUUCAGAGGAAAAUUCAGCAUCACAUGGCUCAGGGAAUUUAUCCACAUUAAUUUCACUCUCUUACUUCUUUCCCUCCCCUCACCUUUUUCCUUCCUCCCCUCCUCUUUCAUCCCUGGCUUGCUGCUCACUGAGGGACAGUCUCGUAGCCGGUAUUUAGAAGGGAAGCGAGACAAAAGAGAGAAGUCAUGAAAGACGGGGAGAGAAUGAAAGGAGGCUCAAAAGAACAGAAGAUAAAAAAAUGGUUUACUCGUAAAUGGACGGCCAACGCUGGGGCCUGUUAUCCUAAGCAAGAUCCCGAGCGUGGCGGCAGUCACAUGAUCUCCACAGAUGACCUGGAGUAUCCACGAGAGUACAGGACGCUGGGGAACAGCGGCCGGCGUUUCUCCAAUGUCGGCUUGGUGCACACAUCUGAGCACCGCCACACUGUCAGCGCUGCACAGAGUCUGGAGGCCCUGACCAACCUGCAUAAGGCUGACAUGGAACGGAAGAGGGACGCCUUCAUGGAUCACCUGAAGAGUAAAUAUCAACAGCAACAGCAGCAGCAGCAGCAGCAGCAGCUGCAGCAUCCGCACCACAGCCCCCACCACAACCCACCAUCACCCUCACCAUCCCAUGCCAGCAUGAGGGGCUCCUCGGAUCGAUCUGCUAGAGAACAGCAACAGCCCAACUACUGGAGCUUCAAGCAGAGUCGCAGUCCACGCCAUUCCCAGUCUACCCAGUCCGGGCUUGCAGACCAGGCUGCCAAGCUUUCUUUUGCCUCUGCCGAAUCCCUGGAGACAAUGUCAGAAGCAGACAUGCCCCUUGGGUUCAACCGAAUGAACCGAUUCCGCCAGAGCCUGCCGCUGUCUCGUUCUGCCAGCCAGAAUAAGCUAAGAUCUCCAGAUGAAUUUUCAGGCGUGCUCUUCCUGCAGUAUGGAGAUGAGACACGCCGGGUUCACAUCACCCACGAGCUGAGCAGCAUGGACACGUUGCACGCUCUCAUCGUGCACAUGUUCCCUCAGAAGUUGACGGCGGGAAUGCUGAAGUCACCCAACACGGCAAUCCUAAUCAAAGAUGAGGCCCGAAAUGUCUUCUAUGAGCUGGAGGACGUCCGGGAUAUUCAGGACCGGAGCAUCAUCAAGAUUUACCGCAAAGAACCCAUCUAUGCUUCUUACCCUGCAGCUGCACACCUGGCUAACGGAGACCUGCGGAGAGAAAUGGUUUACUCAUCUCGGGAAUCUUCCCCAACACGUCGCCUCAACACUCUUCCUUCCUCUUCAACCUCGGCACCCUCUGGCUCUCCGUCUCGCUCUCGCCUCUCAUACAGCGGGGGUCGUACUCCCUCCUUCUCCGGAAACCAUCCUCAACAUGAGCAACCCAGACAUUCCCACCAUCCUCCAGGUGGCCAUGGGGCCAACAUGGGUCUGUCUCCAUCACCAAGUGCCAUCUUGGAGCGCCGUGAUGUCAAGCCAGAUGAAGAAGUUUCUGCAAAAAAGCUGGCUCUCAUGAAAAAUGAGGCACUUUAUGCUGAUCCCUACAGUUUGAUGAACGAGGGUCGCCUCAGCAUUGCCUCCACCCAGUCUUUGGCUGCCAUUGGAGACCCUUUCAGCUACCCUGUUACCACUGGCCUCUAUCGGCGAGGGUCUGUACGCUCUCUUAGCACCUACUCUGCCGCUGCUCUUCAGGGAGACCUGGAGGACUCAUUCUACAAGCCUGGAGGUUCACUAUACUCGGACACGUACUCCUCUGCAACCCUGGGAAUGGGGUUCCGCAUGCCGCCCUCGUCCCCACAAAAAAUUCCUGACAUGCAGCUGAGGGACUCGUAUUCCACUUCACCACGACCCUCGCCUGUCAGGCAGACUUUCCGGAAAGACUCUGCCUCCUCAUCUGUGUUUGUGGAGAGUCCAAAGUCGAGGCCCAGCUCCAGUUCAGAGCCCGGUUUUGGUCCUUCUUUAUCUGGACAAGACGCAGACACCAGCAGGGACCACCGCCUGGAGCGUAUGGAGGCCAUGGAGAAGCAAAUAGCCAGCCUGACUGGCCUUGUGCAGAGUGUACUGACCAGGGCACCAGACAGCGACAGCACAUGCGGCCUACUGCGUCUCUGCAUGAUGGCGGGAUGCCCUCCGGACCAAGGCACGGAGUUUUCACGGCCAUUACCUUUCUCUUCCAGCGAGAAGACCGAAACUAACAGUGACGGCUCCGCCACUGGAACUGGACGUCAAAAGAAGAAAGCAGCCAAUACACCGUCAGCACCUUUAGCUUUGAUGCCACCACCACCAUCUAACACAACCCUGGUGAACAGUGUGGGUCGCCUGCAGAUGAAACUCCAUCUGCAUGGUCUGCAGCAAAAUGCCACCGACCUCCGCAAACAGCUCGGCCAGCUUCGCAAGAUGCAGAUGGAGAACCAGGAUUCCGUGCGAACUCUGCUGAAGCGGACAGAGGCUGAGCUGAACGUACGUGUAGCAGAUGCCCUGCGGAAGCAAGAAGAUCCUUUGCAGAGACAACGCCUCCUUGUGGAGGAGGAAAGACUCAAGUACCUCAAUGAAGAAGAACUCAUCAUCCAGCAGCUCCAUGACCUGGAGAAAUCAGUGGAGGAGAUCCAGAAGGAGUCGUCUGUCAACCACAAGCUGGUGACGGUGCAGGAGCUGGAGGAGAAGGCUACAGUUCUGAGAAAGCUGGGAGAAACACUCACAGAGUUGAAAAAUCAAUUCCCGAGCCUGCAGAGCAAGAUGCGGGUGGUGCUGCGGGUGGAGGUAGAAGCUGUGAAAUUCCUCAAAGAAGAACCGCACAGACUAGAUGCCCUGUUAAAACGCUGCAAGACUAUAACUGACACCCUCGCCACAAUGCGCAAGCAAGCAAAUGAAGGGGUUUGGAAAAAGCAGGACAACUUUUCUAGCCCCUCAUCAAAGCACAAUGACGACUUGCAAAAAUUUUCAAGUUUUGACAUUCCUACCAGUCCACCGCUAACUAUCAAUGACAUUGGAGGAGGUAACAGCUUGUCUAACUGGAACCCUCACUCAAGCCUCAGCCGUAGUCUCGGAAACCCAUCCGGUCCUCAUAAGGACAAUUAUCCUCCUGUUCCUCACAAAGGCAAAGCCCUAGAGGAGUUGGAGCGGCGUGCUGCCGCUGACAAAGCUUUAUCAAUGGAAGUCCGACUGGCAGCAGAGCGGGACUGGGAGGAGAAGCGGGCCAGUCUUACACAGUACAGUGCUCAGGACAUCAACCGCUUGCUGGAGGAGACCCAGGCCGAGCUGAUGAAGGCUAUUCCAGACCUGGACUUUGCUGCCAAGCAGAUCAAGCCCUCUUCCAACACACCAUCAGUCCAGAACCCUCAGAGUGCGGCGUCAACAACAGAGCACCGCAGUAGCAAGCCACAAAACAAGCUUUCAGCAAAAGAGGGGGGAUCCAGGCGUGGCUCUGAUGAGUUGACAGUACCACGAUAUCGCACAGAAAAACCGUCCAAGUCUCCUCCUCCUCCUCCGCCUAGGCGUAGUUUCCCUUCAUCUCCAGGAGUGACAUCUCGCAGUGGAGAGCCAUUAAUUCCUGGAAAAAGCAUAAAGAAAUCAGAAUCUGAAGAGAAUGACACUCAAAAGCCUCACAUAAAACUGAGAAGGACCAUGUCAGAAAACCCUCGCCCUGCAUCGACACCCCCGACGCUCGCUUCUGGAGAGAAGGAACAAGGAGAGGAGGAAAAGAUUGCUGCCGAGCUUGAGGGUGGGAAUAAUCCCAGCAUUGGUAAAAUUCAUUCCUCAGCUGCCUCAAAGCUGAAGCACCUGCAGCAAAAUAGCACAGAGAAGACUAAAGGUGGCAAGAAAGAGGACUUACAGAAGAUGCAGAGCUUGCAACAGCAGUGAGCGACCUGUCCCCUCAUCCAGCCUCUUCAGUCUCCUCCUCCUUUUCACGUGACUACAAAGAUGCACACUUAUUUGCCCACUUUACUUAACCAGCUCCUUUUACAUCUCUAGUAUUCAGUCCAAGUUGUGCUUAGACGGGUGUGAGUGUGUUUGUUUGUGCAAGCAUGUAUGCUUGCACAGGUGUGUUUGAAUGCCCUGGUGAAGGAAAUUGCUACAGGGAACACUGCCCAGCCACAACCAAUUUUAGAACUUUUAAAUUUUUCAUAAUUUCCCACUUCAGCCCCCUGAAAACCUCAUCUCUCUGUGCUCCUCCUUCACCCCCUCCUGUCUUCUGUGUCCCUGCUCUACUCCAAGGCCUUGGGGAUCAACCGUGCUGGAACCACUGAACCGUAUUUGAAAGCGAGCAUUUUUUUAGGCCGAAUGCCUACUCCUGCAGCAGCUUUUGCACCUGGUUUGAGAAUGCCCCCCCAUGAGGGGAUACCCUCCCUGACAGUCUCCUCCAGCCAAGCAAAGGCGCUCCUAGCGAGUCUGUCAGCCUCCGGCCUCUGCACCGAGGCUCUGCUCCUUUCUUCCGCUCUACGUCAACGCCGCCUUCUCCGGGAGCAGAGAGCAUCAUCUUCUCUUCCCAGCAGCCUGCCCUCCACCCCUACAUCUUCCUCUUCUCCCACAACCCCUACUCCAUCCCUGUCUCCUUCCUCUCCCACACCUUUUGGUUCCUUUACCUUCUCCUCUGGGGUUGUCAAACCCACCAGAAGGAAGACUUGAUGGCCCCCAACAACUCAGCAACAGCAAGGAUGGUGACAACUCUUAGUAAAGAGUAAUAGGAGGAGGAGGACAUGGAAGAAUAUCAUUCUAAAAUUAUCUUGUCACAUAUUUCCUUUCAGGAUUCUGUAGAUGCAUAUUUUCUUCAUUUUUUUUCUUACUAAUGUUGAAUACACCAGACUGGAUGCUUCAUAUUCUCACUCCUUUUUCUUUUUUGGACAAGUUUCCUUCUCUCGUCUGGCUGCAUGGUCUCCCACGCAGUCCUUUUGCCAGAUUCCCCAACAGAGUGCACACAAACAGGCCAGGCCUCGCUUUUCCACCAGCUGUCUGCUACAAGGUUGGUGUGGUUGGACAUGUUCUCAUUUAGUGAGCUGUCCGUGGUAUAGUUUCCAUAACUAGACUGUGUGUAUGAAAGUAGAGUCGCAAUAAUCACCAAGUGAGUCCAGUAGUUACAUAUGUUUAGGAUAAUGUUGCUCUUUUUUACCUGCAUAACCUUGCAGAAUAAAUCUGCUGAGAAAAUAAGAAAAAAGACAGAUGUAAUGAAUUUGGUUUUGAACUGUUUGUUGCAAAAAGGGCAUUCUUUUCUUUUCUUGCAUCAACCAACUUUUAGAUUUUAAAUUGGUGCUAUAUUUUGCCUUCUGUUAGAACUCACAGAGUUUACAUAAUUGCUCUUCCUCCUCUGCACAUUCCUUUGGGUUUCUAAUUUAAUGUUGCGGUUCAAAUUUUGUAUGUAUCUCUGCAAAUGAAACUCAUGCAUCUAUCAUUGUUAACAUUUCUAGCCUUUUUAAUCUGUUGGGAACAAGAAUAUUGCAGCAUUAUUCACAAAAGCACACUGUUACGAGCAGCCAUGAAUCUUCAUAUUUCUGUUUGAUAUAAAGCAAGGAGACAAAGUUACACUGAAAGAAGGGGAAAUACAAAGGAGGCUCUAUAUAACCAAUGUGGAUUUACUGUGUGUGUGGUGUAACUAGUUAAUUGACAAUCAGGAUGUCUUCACUGUAACAUCUCACAGGUUUCCCAUCCCAAAGACUCAAGCACGCCCUUGUAAAGCUAAGCUGUACAGCACAGACACAAUGUGUGUGUAAUAGUUUUAUUUCAUUUUGUUAAUCUUAUACAAAUCUAUACUGCCCCUCGGAUGAAACUGAUCACAGCGAUCAGAACAUUUCACCCAAAUAAAAUAGUUUCCCAUUGAUAUGGUUACUUCAGGAUUAUCUGCCAAAAAGCACCCAUAUUUUAUCAUACUGUAGUUUGUACUUUAUCUUUGACUCCAAAGAGGUGGUAGCACUUAAUUACUGUUUGAAAUGUAUUUUUAAAAAAUACGUUUAAUCAGCACAUGUUUAGAAAUUAUGUAUUUCUUGGCGCUUGUGAGGGAGUCAGAGAUUAUAAAAUGUAAAGAAAGCACAGUUCAGUCUCAAAACACAAGAUCCCUCAUUAGCUUAGUUAUCAAAUAUGUUAGGAGGCUUUAAAAUGUUAAUUUACUGAAAAUGAGUGAAAUAGGAACAAUAUAACUUUACAAUUAUUUUAUUUCAAAAAAUAUGAAUACAAGAGUCUUUUCAAACUAGCAUUUAGACACAAAAAAGGACUGGAGAACCUUUUGCCAAGAACAUCGAUCUAGUGUACAUGUUAUUGUAAACGGGUGUGAAGGUAUUAUUGAUGUUAAACAAUAUACAGAUGCAUCACAAUAAGUGAAACUCAUAUAAAAACAUUAGAGAAAGUAAAAUGUAUCUGACUAUUAUUUCUGUUAAUUUUGAUAAUUUUGGCUUACAGCAAUAAAAAUCCCCAAUUUUAGACAGUUGGAAUGAAACAAAAGACACAGAACAGAGUCAGUCAGAGUUAGUCUUAAGAGAACUUUGAAGCAAAUCCCAUUUAAGUGUUUUAUGGAGAUUCACUUGGUGGUGUGGACUUCACUGGAGUCAUCACAUGUCCAGAAAUUUCUCUAGUCACUUUAAUCCAGAACUACAGACAUAAUCUUCUUCUUAGAAAAAAAAAGACCUGGCUGUUGUUCGGCUGUCCAAUGUCCUACUUCACAUCAAAGUCAGCUAUCUUCUUAAUGGAUAUUGGUCCAUUAUGUAGUUAUCAAGUCAAAGCCAGCACAGCCAUCAUCUGUAUCACAGCAUUUUAUAUGAAAGAGUGAAUUGAAUUUUGGGGUUUUUAAUAGCUGCUAACCAUACCAAGAUUAACAGAACUAUACACUUCAAUACACUUUAAUAAAUUUUUAUGAGUUUCACUUUUUAAACUGAAUUACUGAAAUUUAUUUACAUUUACAUGAUAUUGUUAUAACAGAGAUGUGCCUGUAUUAAAUGAUUUUCGAUGUCUGCAAGUUGAUGCGAAAUUUUAAAUCAUGCUUAUGAAGGAAGACUUUGUGCUAAAUUGGUUUGUUGCCAUCAGAAAGGAAUUUUUGUUUAGUUGUUGCAGUAAUCAUAAAUUAUUAUUCCAUUUUAUUCUUACUAAGGCACAUGAUAGGUAUUUGUCAAAUAACCUGAAUUAGUUGCAAAAAAUGUCAACUACUUCAAUAUAGGUAAUGUCUUUAUUACUUCUGAAGCUCAAAUCACAAUAUUAAAAUUAUUUGUAAAUUUAAUAAUUAUGGUAAUUUCCUUUUUUUUUGUCUCAAACUUUUUGGGAACAAGGGUUUAAUGCAUGCAUUAACUCUAAUGAGCACAAAUAUAUAAAUUACACAGUUCAUCAGUCUAGUUUUGACUUUCACUAUCUUGGGUGGCUGGUGUUUCUCUGGCUGCUGUUUAUUUACAACAAAUCACAGUGGGGGAGUUUUUCUAAUGUAGAUCCUUCAUAAUGAACCAUUCCAUAGCUAUAGGAUCUUUGUGUUUGCUUGAAAGCUGCCUUGCUGUUUGUUGACAAGGUUAAACGGACAGUUGCACUUUCCUUCUGUUCUCCGGAAUGGCUCAAAGAAACUGAUCCUCUUGGGCAUUGAGAUUAACACAUGUGCAAAGGCGGCUCGUGUCAGAGAGUAGGCGGCGUGAGGAGCGAGGAUUAGUUUGAGGACAUGAGUUUGAAGGCUAUUUUAAUAAGGCCAGCGUUGACUCGCCCCGUCUCCAUGGAGAGCGCUGGAAUGAAAGAAUAAGUGUCAGUCGGAGACAGUAUUCGGCUGCUUGUUCCCCCUUGCUCUCAGUUUGCGUUCUUUUUGUGUGCGGUCUGUUAAAAUCGGUUAGCUUCAGGUUAAGGUGGUAUGAUUUCUGAUGAGGUUCAGUUCUAAGCAAGAUGUGCAAUAUGUAUUUAGCACUCUUACUCUUUUACCAAGGUAUUCCUCUUUGCCUUUGUCAUAUUUAUGCCUGUUUGUCUCCAAGGACCUGCAAUGUUUUUUCCUGGUGCCUGAAUGAUCUUGCAAGCAGCACUGACAGAAUAACACUUUUACCCAAAUAAGAGCUUCAGAAACCUGGUUUGGUUCCUGUUUUUUUUUUUUAUUGUUUGUUUGUUUUGUUUUAAAGAAAAUUGAAAACUGCUUGAAAGCACAAAUGUGCGAGCUCACAGCCUCAUUGUUAGUGCAUUCUGGAUCUGUAAGGAAGAUUCCAGCUGAGUUGAAUAGAGGAAAGGAAAUCCUUAAAGCAGUAACUUUCCUAUGUGGUAUUUUAGCCUAAGUGAAACCAGAGAAUCAUAUUAAAAUGCCUCCUGGACUUUUUUGUUGCUCAAAACAAGUGUUAGUGGGCUGUGAUUUCAACAGGCUUGGGGGCAUGUUGAGCACACUCUGGCAAUCAGAAAAAAAAACCAUGCAAACUUGAAACUAAACAUAGGAGAACUAUACAUAUAUAAAUAUAUCUAAGUGAGAUGUUUGUGUAUGAUAUAAUUGUGAAAAAAAAUGUGAAUAUAUACAUAAAUAUUUAGGCCUAGAUUAAGUUCUAUACUGUAAAAUGUCCUCAUAUCUUCUGAUUUAUAUAUUAGUGACCAUUUUGUACAAAUUUUUCUUUUUUAAUUCAUUCAGAGAUAUUACAUUUCACACUAAGAUUAUUUAUUCAUAUGCAGAACAUUUUUAUAUUGUUUAAAAUAGCUGUGUAGAUAACUGUUAGGCGCUGUAAUAUACUUUAAAGUUAAUUUUGAAAUUCUAGGGUUUUCUUUACAAAUAAUGAGUUGAGCUUUAUGUAAUUAUGACGAUUUAAAAAGCUUUUCCCUGAAAAUACUCGUCCAGCUUGUCUGCACAUUUGCCUCCUACUGUUAAAGUGUGAGAGGCUGGACCAGUGCCUGUUAGUAGGGGCUUAUUUUGCUACUAGGUCUGGGUUAUUUUGUACGUGUUUUUCUUUUUCUCAUUUUAUUCUGCCAUUCUGUAUUUGUGAUCUAAAUGGUAUUAGUGACACUGGAGAUGGUCAAAAACACAGAAAAUGUAGUACUUACUGUGACACAAUUCCAAAGGCUUCAAAAGAGGUCUUGCUGCUUUGACUGAAGCAAGUUACUUGGCUUUAAUUCUCUUUAUUUUACUCUCUUUUUUUUUUUGUUUGCAUGUUAAUUGAGAUGGCAGGAAUGUGGAUUAAAAGGUUUAGAGACUAUAAGUGUACAUUAUGUUGCUUAUACUGCUCCUGUUUGUGGCUUUAAGUAGCGUUUAAGCUAAACUUUUAAAAUGGUAAAAGACAGAUUUAUUAACGAAUCAUGUGGAGAACUAUGAAGUCUAUGAUUUUGCAUUUGUAUUUCUUUUCUGAUGCUUAAUCUACAUUCUUUAGUAUGUAUCUGAGAUUUUUACUUGAAUGUGUGGAUGUUCAAAAAUCUUGGCAUCAAACAUAAAUAAAAAAUAAUAACAAAAUUGACUUGUAAAUAGGUUGAGUCAUAGAGAGUUCACUGGAUUAUGUCCAAAAGAUAAUCUUUUAUUAUAAACUAUGAUGAUGGAUACAAAGGUAUAUACAAAAACAAUGCAUGUAUAGUCUCAAGCAAACGCACGGUGCAGUUUAGAAAAAAAAAAAGAAGUUACGUACAGUUCAUGUUUUCUCAAAGUUAUAAGAAACAGUCAGAGAAGUGGGUAUAUAUGUUUGAGGUUUACAACCAGAAACGAUGCAUUAUUUUAGUAUGUGUGACACGGGCAUGUUCAGUCUUACUGUGAAGUUACGUAAUGACGAUAGUGACUGGGAGUGUUGAACAUCCAGGGAUCAGAAGGCUUGAACGCACCUCAACAUGAGAAAUCAGCUACGAUUCUCCCAUUUGUAGAGUAGUGUGACAUAAGAACAAAAAUAACUACAGAAAAUAGAUCAAUUAUAUGAGAUAUAUAAAAUUUAAAUGCCUACUGAAACUGGAGAUAAUUUUAUCAGUGUGGAUGCCAUGAUAUUUUGUGAGAACUGUGUGUUUGUUUGUUUUUUUUCUGUGAGAAGACAGCAGGCACCUGAACCUGCCUUCUUUUGUACAUAAUUUGCUGUGAUUGUGUGUCCAAUAAAGUGCAGCCCUCUUGUACAGUC